UUUAGGUUAGGUAUGUAGUAUGUGCUUUUUAUUUUUUAUAUUUUAAAUAUUUUUACUUGAUUUUUAAUUUAUUUUUCUGGUAGUUUUUAAUCUAUAUUAGGGUAUGGAGUCCACUGAUGUGAUGUCUUUAGACCAACUGGAGUUAGCACAAGACUGUGAAACAGAUAUUAAGGUUGAAAUAAAGGAAGAACUGGAGGAAUAUGAUGAUCGAUUAAGCAGUACAGACAUAGGAUAUAUGCAGAAUGAGUUAUCCACAGAAGUAAAUAUUGAAGAUAUUAAAACGGAAAUAAAAAACGAAAAUGACUCAGAUUUUCGUCAAGAAGAAAAUUCUUUAGAUGAACGGAACAAGAUGAAAGAAAAAAAUUGUUUUCAAUGCGAAGUUUGCAAUAAGAAAUGUUCAACCUUAAUCAUUUUGAGGAAGCAUUUGCGAAUUCAUACUGCCAAUAAUUGCUUCAAGUGUGAAUUUUGUCCCAAGACAUUUCCAUUUAAGUUUUACUUAGACAAUCAUAUGAGGUGGCACACUGGGAAAAAGCCUUAUAAAUGUGAAAUUUGUUCAGAGCAGUUUGCGUACUACACCACGUGGAAAAGUCAUAUGAAUCAACAUAGCGGACGAAAACCUUUUAAAUGUGAACUUUGCCCAAAGAGGUUCUUACACAAGAUUAGUUUAAAGGGUCAUAUGCUAUGGCACUCUGGAGAAAAGGCUUUUAAAUGUGACAUUUGUUCAAAAACAUUUUUUAAGAACAAUAAUCUACAAAUUCACAUACGACUUGUUCACAAUAGAGACAAACGAUUUGAAUGUCACAGUUGUUCUAAGAGAUAUCCUACGAAAAAUGGUUUAAUAUCCCACUUACGAACGCACACAGGGGAGAGAUCGUUUACUUGUGGUAUAUGUUCCAAGUCAUUUCGUGAAAAACAUACCUUAAAGUAUCAUGUGAAAACACAUAUUAUAAAAUGUAAGAUUUGUUCUGAGCAAUUUCCCGAAAAAGAUGACUUAGACAAACAUAUGCUGUCGCAUAACGAAGAAACGCGCUUCGAGUGCGAUAUUUGUCUAGAGGAGUUUUUACGAAAGGAUCAGUUACAGAAGCAUAUGAAGUUUCAUAAUAAUUGAUGGAUUCGACCGUUACUUGAUGGAAGUUCAUUUUAUCUAACAAUAAAACACUGAAAACAUUUGUUUUCUAUACUUCCACAAAAUUUAUUACAACUAUCUGACUACAGCUGUUUCGGCAGAGUGCCUUUCUCAAGUGAUAUAGUUUACAAUGUGUUUGCCUUUUUAAGUCUUUAACUGAAGAGGUUGAGGAGUGGGGAGCUGUUUGUCUCGAGUUGCUCAUUCAGAAUUAUAUCUGUAUUUUUCAGUUUAUUAAUUUCCAUAGAUUCUAAAGAAGAUAGCUUAAGGCCUUUAUUUUGAAUAUGCAGAAUUUGAAACUCUUCAUUGAAAGAAUGAUUAUGAUCUAGAAGAUGAAGUGCGUAUGUAGAAGUUUCUGUUUUUCUAUUGUUGAAAGCCCUUUUGUGUUCUGCUAUCCGUUUGUCAAAAGUUCUGCCAGUUUGACCGAUGUACGUUUUCGGACAGUCACCACAAGUUAGUUUGUACACACCACUCUGUAGUUGUUUUCUCUUUCGGCUUUUAUUGUUCUUAUAAUAUUUGCUUAAGUUGUUGUUAGUUCUGAAAGCUGGUGUUAUUCCUUUCUUUUUUAUGUAUCUCGCUAUUUUUGUUGUUAUCUUGCCAGUAUAUGUAAGAGAGCAGAAGGUACUGGGUUCUUUCUGUGGUGGUGGAUACACUAAUUUCAGGGCUUUCUUAUGGAGUUUUUGGUUUAAAAUUUUGUUAACUGUUUGUUCGUUAUAGCCGUUGUUUACUGCUAUUUGUUUAAUGAUGUUUAGUUCUAUCUCGAAGUUAUUUCUUGUCAUGGGAAUUAUGAUAGAAAUUGGUCAAGUUGUCUGUUAGUUCCUGUAAAGCAUACAUCAUCCACGUAUCUCCACCAAUAUAAGAACUGUUUAAAUACGGGAUGUUUAGAAAUUGUUAUUUCAAGUUGGUUCAUAAAUAUAUCUGAUAGCAAUGGGAUUAGAGGAUUACCCAUAAUAAGACCUGCACUGUUGUUUGUGUAUAUUUGAUUAUUGAAUUCAAAAUAGUCUUGGUUUAUGCAAAUUUCAAGAAGGUGUAAAAUACAACAUUUUCACCUACCCAACAACUUCAGACUAAUUUCAUUUGACGUAAAAAAUCUUUUUCCUAGUGUUCCUCCUACAGAAACUUUUGUUUUAGUUAAAAGUCUUUUAGACCAUAAUAGUACAAAUCCGAUCAUUGCAUCUGAAAUUUUACACCUUCUUGAAAUUUGCAUAAACCAAGACUAUUUUGAAUUCAAUAAUCAAAUAUACACAAACAACAGUGCAGGACUUAUUAUGGGUAAUCCUCUAAGCCAGCGGUUCUCAAACUUUUUGAGUCAUGUACCACCUACAGUUCUUUUUAUUAUUUUUGGUACCACAUAUACAGGGUGUAACAAAAAUACAGGUCAUAAAUUAAAUCACAUGUUCUGGAACCAAAAAUAGUUCGAUUGAACCUAACUUACCCUAGUACAAAUAUGCACACAAAAAAAGUUACAGCCCUUUAAAGUUACAAAAUGAAAAUCGAUUUUUCCGAUAUAUCGAACUUUUUAAUGAAAAUGGACAUGUGGCAUGACUAUGGCAGGGACAUCUUAAAAAGAAAUUAUAGUGACAUUUGUGCACCCCAUAACAAUUUUAUGGGGGUUUUGUUCCCUUAAACCCCCCCAAACUUUUAUGUACGUUCCACUUAAAUUAUUAUUGUGGUACCUUUAGUUAAACACAAUAUUUUUGAAACUUUUUUGCCUCUUAGUAUUUUUUAGAUGUACCAGUUUUAAUCGAGAUGCGGCUUCUUUUUUAACAUGUUAACAUAACAAUUUUAUGGAGAUUUUGUGCCUUUACACCCCCCAAAUGUUUGUGUACGUUCCAAUUUAACUAUUAUUGCGGUACCAUUAGUUGAAAACAGUGUCUUUAAAACUUUUUUGCCUCUUAGUAUUUUUCCGACAAGGCACCUUUUAUCGAGAUGUGGCUUCUUUUUUAAUAUGGUUCAAAAUAUACUUAUAAAAUCUGUAAUUUAUAAAUAAAUUUUCAUAUUAUUAUAGGGUCUCUAUAAUCGUACUUAUUCGAUACGGUCUAUUAUUCGAUAUGUACGGUCUCAGUAUACAAAUAUGUGGUGGAUUUGACAAAUAUUCAAAAUAUUUCGAUAAAAACUAGUUAGAAAAAUUACUAAGAGGCAAAAAAGUUUUAAAAACAUUGUGUUUAACUAAUGGUGCCACAAUGAUAAUUUAAUUGGAACGUACCCAAAGUUUGGGGGGUUUAAAGGAACAAAACCCCCAUAAAAUUUUUAUGAGGUGCAGAAUUUUUUUUAAGAUUUUCCUGUCAUAAUAAUGUCACAUGUCCGUUUUCAAUCAGAAAACUCAAAUAGUUUUCGAUAUAUUGGAAAAAAUCGAUUUUUAUUUUGUAACUUCAAAGGGCUGUAACUUUUUUUUGUGUGCAUAUUUGUGCUAGGGUUAGUUAGGUUCAAUCGAACUAUUUUUGGUUCCAGAAUAUGUGAUUUAAUUUAUGACUUGUAUUUUUGUUACACCCUGUAUUUUUAGAGUGUAUUAUCAAGACUUACUAAGUAAUACUAUUUUAAUUUUUUUUGUGUUUUGUGUACCACCGCAAGUAAUGAAUUGUACCACCAGUGGUACAUGUACCACAGAUUGAGAAUCGCUGCUCUAAGCCCAUUGCUAUCAGAUAUAUUUAUGAACCAACUUGAAACAACAAUUUCUAAACAUCCCGUAUUUAAACAGUUCUUAUAUUGGUGGAGAUACGUGGAUGAUAUACUAGUAUGCUUUACAGGAACUAACAGACAACUUGACCAAUUUCUAUCAUACAUUAAUUCACUUCAUAGUAAUAUUGAGUUUACAAUAGAAACAGAACAGAAUAACUCCAUCAACUUUCUAAAUGUAACGAUUACCAGACAACACAACAAACAUGAGUUCUCCGUAUAUCAUAAACCUACCCAUACUGACACAACUAUACACAAUUCAUCAUCCCAUCCUACACAACACAAAUUAGCAGCCUACCAUAGCAUGAUACAUAGACUGACAGAAAUUCCCAUGACAAGAAAUAACUUCGAGAUAGAACUAAACAUCAUUAACCAAAUAGCAGUAAACAACGGCUAUAACGAACAAACAGUUAACCAAAUUUUAAACCAAAAACUCCAUAAGAAAGCCCUGAAAUUAGUGUAUCCACCACCACAGAAAGAACCCAGUACCUUCUGCUCUCUUACAUAUACUGGCAAGAUAACAACAAAAAUAGCCAGAUACAUAAAAAAGAAAGGAAUAACACCAGCUUUCAGAACUAACAACAACUUAAGCAAAUAUAUUAAGAACAAUAAAAGUCGAAAGAGAAAACAACUACAGAGUGGUGUGUACAAACUAACUUGUGGUGACUGUCCGAAAACGUACAUCGGUCAAACUGGCAGAACUUUUGACAAACGGAUAGCAGAACACAAAAGGGCUUUCAACAAUAGAAAAACAGAAACUUCUACAUACGCACUUCACCUUCUAGAUCAUAAUCAUUCUUUCAAUGAAGAGUUUCAAAUUCUGCAUAUUCAAAAUAAAGGCCUUAAGCUAUCUUUUUUAGAAUCUAUGGAAAUUAAUAAACUGAAAAAUACAGAUAUAAUUCUGAAUGAGCAACUCGAGACAAACAGCUCCCCACUCCUCAACCUCCUCAGUUAAAGACUUAAAAAGGCAAACACAUUGUAAACUAUAUCACUUAAGAAAGGCACUCUGCCGAAACAGCUGUAGUCAGAUAGUUGUAAUAAAUUUUGUGGAAGUAUAGAAAACAAACGUUUUCAGUGUUUUAUUGUUUUGUUAGUUUCAUAAUAAUUAAUGGUUAUUUAUGAAUGUUUACUAGAAAGUGUUAUCCGUCCAUCCAAUGGCACUACAACCCAAACUGGAACUUGGCCGCCUUCAGCAAGAUUUACUGCUGUUCUUUUCCAUAAACGCGUUUUUAGGAGGUUUUUGGCGUCCUCAUCUACUUCGUCCUACCAUCUCUUUUUUGGUGUUCCAACAGGUAUUUUUCUUUAAAUUCUUGCAUUUAGCAAUUUUCUAGGUAUUCUGUCCUCAUGCAUGCAAUGCAGUUCCCCUGCAACCCUAUACGCUAUAUUGUUCGUUAACAAUUCUAUCUCUGUAAGUAGAUAUGCAUAUCAAAAUAAAUACAGAUUUGAAGUUUUGCAGUCCAUACAUGUUGAAGGUUCACAUGUUUUAAGAUACUCAACUGAAUUUUUUUAAUUCUAACAGCGGCCUACUGCGAAUCCUAAAACACGGUAAAUUACCCAUAUUCUGCUUUACAUUACAGAUAUCGGAAAAAGUUAUUUGAAUAAGUUGUUCCAAAUAUUAUUCUAAUCCCACAUACCAAAUUUCAUCACAAAAUUUGCAUUUUUAGUUUUUUCAUUAUUUGUAGUCAGGAUCCUAAAAUCGGAGAGGAGGCUGCUGGCCGAUCAGCCGCCCUUGCCCAAUCUCCGGGCAGCGUGUGCGUUAAUAGUCCAGGGUAAUAAGGUUUUUUCCAUGACACUUCAACAGCCAGGGUACUGCAGCGUUUUUUCGACAGGUAAUACAAUAUAAGAACAAAUUGUAACUAUUUCCUGCGUAGGAUCUGGCGGCCAUUUUUAUUUAUAAAAAAUUAAGUGUCAAAAAACGGUCUCUUUUUCCUUUUUUUUUUGCAAAUUAAUGGAAAACAGUAGGACUUAUGGUUUUCUUAGUACAAACAUCUUGGAGAGAAUGGAGAAAACUUUAAAAUGGCGUAUUACAAAGUUUAAUACACUCAUUUAUUAAUACAAUUGCGAAAAAAGGUCGAAAUUUCAAAAAAAAAAUAAAUUUUGCGACAACUAUUGUAAAAAUUGGAAUAAAUCCUUUGUAGAAGGUAUAACAUUUUAUUAAAAUCCCUAAAGGGCUACAUCAGAACAAAACGUUUUCGAUUUUAUUACAAAAGCAUCAUCAGUGUAAGACAGUCUGGAUGCUACCUGAGCCACCAAAGAAAUAUCGGGGUAAUAACCCUUCAAAUAUAAAAUUUAUGCUUUAUAGAUGCAUAUUUACAUAAAAUGCCUUGUGAUGGGCAAAUGGCAACAGGAAUAUUGCCCUAAGGUAAGGUAUUUAACUUCCCAACACGUGGGAUACAAAAAAUUGAGUUGUUUACAUUUCGAUGACUUUAUGGCAACUCUUUUUUUUUCUGUUGCCGUAAAGUCAUCGAAAUGUAAACAACUCAAUUUUUUGUAUCCCACAUGUUGGGAAGUUAAAUACCUUACCUUAGGGUAUUAUUCCUGUUGCCAUUUGCCCAUCACAAGGCAUUUUAUGUAAAUAUGCAUCUAUAAAGCAUAAAUUUUAUAUUUGAAGGGUUAUUACCCGAUAUUUCUUUGGUGGCUCAGCUAGCAUCCAGACUGUCUUACACUGAUGAUGAUUUUGUAAUAAAAUCGAAAACGUUUUGUUCUGAUGUAGCCCUUUAGGGAUUUUAAUAAAAUGUUAUACCUUUUACAAAGGAUUUAUUCCAAUUUUUGUGAUUGAUGGUAUACAGCCAACUACAGGAAAAAUUUUCUUUCUUUGUGGAUUUUUUUUAUUGUUGAAAUAAGUAGGUAUAGAGCUUUGAACUUUAUGUCAAAUGAGGGUUCUUUGGCAGGGUUGGGCUGUUUUAAAACAUGUUUAAAAACACUGGAAAAAAACAGUUGUGUUUUAAAACGCUGUUUUAAACACAAGUUUUUUUCGUUAUUGUUUAUUUAAAUAACAUUGUUAUAAGACAUUUGUGUUUGCUAAUUUGCAAAAUUGCAAACAUAGAUUAUAGAGUAAGUAGGUGCAAUAACAAUAUCAAUGCGAAGUAAAAAAGUAAAACUGAAAAAAAGUAACUGACUAAACUUUAUUUAUGUUCAGGUAGCAAGCAUACUAGUACUGGUAGACAGUGCUGAGUGCUGUAGUAACAUUAACUAAACCAAUACUCCUAAUAAAGUUGAAAGAAAAAGAAAAUUAAGAAAUUAAGUAAAUGAUUAUUGAAUUACAACAGCAUCUAUUACACAGUCCUACAUCCUGCAACUGAUAUGUGAUACAAAAAAUAAAAAUUACAAUGAAUGUUCCUUAAAAAAAUCAAAACUAUAAAUAAUGAGCUUUUACGGUUAAUAAUGAAACCUUAAACAUUUUUAUUUAAAUAUUGAAAUAUUGUUACUAGCUUAGCAGCUUUGUCACUUCCUAACCUAUUCCUCAAUUUCGAGUGAACUAGACCAUAUGAAGAAAAUAGACUGUCCACUCCAGCGCUGGAUGCAACUGCUGAAAAUAAUUGAGUUGUCAACUGCAACAACUCCGAUGAAAUAAACUGUUUUUGAGAUAGCCACCAUGUGAAACUAAAUUGUCCACUGUAUUUUUGUAAACAAAUAUUGUUUAUUAAAUAGCGGUGCUAAGGCACGAAAUGACAGUAUUUCGGGCAUCACAUUUGGGUGAAAAUCCGAAAUAAAUAACAAUGCUCUAUUAACUUCCACCUCAAUGAGUUUCUGACCUAAGUACUGAGGGUCUAAUAAAUAAGCUAAAUAAUGCGCAUCUGUUAUAGCCAUUUGAAAACGUGCUUCUGCUUUAUGAAGUUCCAACACGUUGCUACAACCAUUAGGUUGAGCUUCACUUUCACUUUGGAAAUAACCCAGUAAGUUCUUCCAAAUGUCUGUUGCAUCUGCUAUGAUGCAGGUAUUUUUCUGGCAUUUAUCCAAAGCUGUUGCAACAACUUUCAGCUUUGCGUUACACUGUAUACACUGCAACUAUCCACUAGAAAUUAAAAUAGAACCAAAGAUACCAAUAUGAAAUUAUAAUAAAGCAGAAGUUAAAGCUUUCGACAUAUCCUGAAAAACUGAAUAGCGAAUGUGAUUUACAUAUACAUAAUAUCACGUGGUAUAAGGAAACGAAACAGUUAAACACUCGUUGCAUGUGCGCGCAGGUCGCGUCUUCCCGGGAAUCCCAUAGGUGUGCCAGUUGAGGUUUAUGGGAAUCCCCGUUAGAAAUCCAGUGAAGUACUUAAUUAUUUUAAAACGUUCUUUUGUUUUAAAACAGUGUUUUUUUUUAGAUGAAAAAAAAACUGUUUUAUAACAAAAAUCAUUGUUUUUAAACAUAAAAAACAUGUUUUUUGUUUUUUCUUAAAAAACCAAUUUUUGUCCAACCCUGUUCUUUGGUGCUUAAUAAGUGACAAAAAUUUCAAAGCGAUUCAUUCAAUUGUUUAAAUUUUAUUCAAAUUGUUUAUCCCAGAGAGCUUUUUUGCAAUAACAUAAGUCACAAAAACAUAAUCUUAGAACCAUUCUGCAGGUGUCAAAUGAAAGAGCAUGAGCUAAACUUUCAAAUUGGUUUAAAAAAAGUGAAUAAAAAUUGCAUUUAUUUGUGAUAAAUAAUUAUGCAAAAGUACAGUGGAACCCCGAUAAGUCGGCCCCCGAUAACCCGGAAGUCCGGCUAACCCGGACCGAUUUUUAUCAGACAAACAUUACAACAAUAAAAAUGUAUGUCCUUUAUGCUGGAUUUUCCAAUUUCUUUUCAACAUCUUAAAAUAUUUUCUUUUAUCUUUCCUUAUAAACAUAUUGUUCGUAUACUAUAAUAUCUUAUAUUUUUCAGGCUAAUUUUAUUUAUCAUAAUAAACUUUCUUCGUAAAAAUUUGUCGCUUUAGCGAAUUCCUAUGUAGUUCAUUCGUUUCAAUUUUCAAUGUCAAACACAUUAUACAAUGAGAGAUAAUGCGUAUUUGUGUAAUUUGAUACAUAAUAUACCUUAGUAAAAAUGACUGGCAUGGCAGACAACGCUCAUUCUCGUGUUAUCGAAACCAACAGACAUCUGUAGUAUCCUUUAUUUACUUGAAACUGUCUAGCAUUGUUUAGAAAAGACUAUUAAAAAAUUAUUUUUCAAACAAUGGUCUUAGUCUUCACUCUUAUUAAAUAACAUAAGUUCGUUCUCGUUGCGAGACGGUAUUGUGUGUGUGUAGUAAAGUCGCAUUGUUCGUUCCGCGUAAAUAUAUUCAGAUUUUGUGUUUGCGUCUACGUAAUGGCAAUAAAACUUAAAAUGUUGUUUUUGUUUCAAAAUGAUAACAAAAGACAGUUUGGACAAUCGGUGCAAAGCUAAGAAAGCUAAAAAUGAGACUCUCGACGACGCUUUGUAUGUGUGGAACGCGAACGUGGUUUACAAGUGUCUGUGUGCCAAUUAUAACGGAGUUUAUCUGUAAGCAUACCAUAUUUUAAUAAUUUUUACCAUUUUCUCCGGCUAACCCGAAUUUUCGAUAACCCGGAUCGGCCACGGUCCCGAUUAAUCCGAGUUAACGGGGUUCCACUGUAUGUUCAAUUUUUCCUUAUAAACUUUUUAUUUUUUUAUAUAAUAAAUUAUAUACAGUUAUUACAAUUUUUCAUCAAUUAUCAUAUAAAUAACAUUACUUGGUAGUUAUGCGCCUAAAAAACGGUAAAAAAUAGAUUUUUUUGAAAAAAGUUAUUUAAAAGUUUAAUGGAUUCACAAAAAGAAAAAUUGACGAUCCUUUUGCAUAAUUAUUUAUUAGUAAUAAAUGGAUUUUUUAUUCACUUUUUUUAAACCAAUUUAAAAGUUUAAUUCAUGCUCUUUUAUUUGACACCUGUUGAAUGAUUCUAACAUUAUUUUUUUCUGACUUAUGUUAUUGCAAAAAAAAGCUCUCUGGGAUAAACAAUUUGAAUAAAAUUUAAACAAUUGAAUGAAUCGCUUUGAAAUUUUUGUCACAUAUUAAGCACCAAAGAACCCUCAUUUGACAAAAAAUUCAAAGCUCUAUACUUAUUUCUACAAUAGUUUUUGAGAAAUUAAUUUUUUUGAAAUUCAGCCCUUUUUUCGCAAUUAUAUUAACAAUAGAUGAGUGUAUUAAACUUUAUAAUACGCCAUUUUAAAGCUUUUUCCAUUCUCUUAAAGAUAUUUUUACUAAGAAAACCAUGUCUUACUGUUUUCCAUUAGUUUGAAAAAAAAGGGAAAAAGGCCGUUUUGUGACACUAAAUUGUUUAUAAAUAAAAAUGGCCGCCAGAUCCUACGCAGGAAAUAGUUACAAUUUGUUCUUAUAGGUAUUACGUGGCGAAAAAACGCUUCAGUACCCUGGAUGUUGAAGUGUCACGAACAGGGUAUAUUUUUGUCUUAUUACCCUGGCCUAUAAGCGAUAAUGCAGCUCUAGGAGACCGGGUCUCCUUAAACACUGCUAGGCUGCGCAGAGCAUUAGCAAGUGAGAUAUAAGGUUUGUUCGUAGUACGAUCCAAUCGAUCAGCAACCGUUGCCAACCAUCAGACGCAUGCGCAGUUAACAGUUAGCGCUGCGCAGUUAACAGUUCGAGUUCGUAGACUACGAACGCGCUUGCGUCUGACGGUUGGCAACGGUUGCUGAUCGUUCUACGAACAAACCUAUUAUUAUAUUCCGUCCAAUUUUAGGAUCCUGACUACAAAAUAAUGAAAAGACUAAAAGUGCGAAUGUUGUGAUGAAAUUUGGUAUGUGGGGUUAGAACAUUAUUUGGAACAACUUGUUCAAAUAACUUUUUCCGAUAUCUCUAACGCGAAGCAAAAUAGCAAAACAGUGCAUCAUGUGUAAAAAAUUUAUGGGAAGGCUAAGCCUCCCUUGCCUCCUCUGACCAGCCGCCACUGCUCAAUCUGAUGGCCAAUGGCCAUACUCAAUUUCUUAUUUGUAAACAUUGAUUUAUUUUAUAACUCCUGUUCGAGCUAUUUCUAUUCUGACCUUUAUCCACUCAUCUUGAUCUAACAGUGAGUUUAUAAUUGCUACGAGGUAUUUAUACUUGUCGACCCUCUCUAGCCGUUUAUGUCUAGCUCCAAUGUCAGAUGCAUGUUGCCAACAGGGUUUUUUGAGAUCACCAUGUAGUAUUUGGUUUUAUCCAUAUUCAUUGUUAAUCCCAUCUUUUUGCUUUCUCUGUUAAUGAUUUCUAGGAGAAUUUGUAAGUCGUCUCUAUUCUCUGCCAUGAUUGCGCUAUCGCCUGCAGUCUCCAAUCCUUACACCUUCAGUCCGUUUCCAUAGUGUCUCCUGAAAUAUUAGUUGGGAGUACACAUUAAAUAAUUGUGGCGACAGCACGCAUUCCUGUCUGACUCCUCUUUGAAUUUCCACUUGUUUUGUUUACUAAUUAGAAAUAUGAAAGUGGUAUGUGCAGGUGCUGAAAUAGUAAUAUGUAUGUAUACCUAAGUAUAAAUUAUUUGUAUAAAAUUGUUAUUUAAUAAAAAAUUUUAAACUGUUUUUUAAUAAAAACACGUAACAUUUAAA